GUUUCAGUCUCGAAUACAACUUGUUGCUGCGCAGACGCGAAUCGCUCAUCCGCACGGAGUGCCCGAGUUCGAGUCCUCUACCAACAUAUCUUUGCUCUCGAUCGCGGCGAUUGCUAAUUCGGCCGUUGUGCUAAUCGAAAUACCAAGAAAUCGCAAUCCGCAAAAAUUCCCAAUCUGGGGUGUAAAACAAGUGCUUUCGGAUAUACUAUACGUAUUUUUUUGUGAUUUCCAUGCUAAUUGGCAGUCGGUGUUGCCAUUGGCUAAGAUCGUAAGAUGGCCAAGUGUGUUUGUGCCAGUUAUUCGGCUGCGGGGGCUACAACAAUUGUUUAGUGCAAUUAAAGCUGCGCCUGCGCGACCCUUUCUAACCUCAAAAAAUAAGUCAGCGGACUGAAAGAAGCUGAAAAAUACAUCUGAAAAAUAACAAAAAAUAUAUACGAGUAUAUAAAAGCCUUCGGACGAGACUCUUGUGGCUCGUAAUGUGAAACUGGUUCCUACACACAAACACACAUACACUUACGCGUUGGCAGACCCACUCGAAAACACACACACAGUGAAAUGUAAACACCAAUACAGUGGCAAAUUGCAACGACAACAGCUUAAAUACAAAAUAAACAACAACAACAACAAUAAUACGAGAAACGCAGUGAAAGAGUCGAAAUAAAAUUUAUGAAAAAGUUGUUUCUUUGGCACGCAAAGCUGAGUGAGCAAAAGAGCCGAAAGUAAACCGCAAGUUCACGAAAAAAAUAUAGACGAAAAUAACCCCUAUGACGUCAGGGGUUAUUGCUUGGAAGAGGUCUUGAUUGAUCCCACUGUACCGCCCACCACCCACCGCUCAAAAAUGCUACUGCGACGGCGCAGCAGCCUUUGCCACCCCCUUCUGCUGCUGCUAUUGGCCCACUGCAUUUGCAUUUGGCCCGCUUCGGCGGCCCGAGAUCGCUACGCCCGCCAAAAUAAUCGCCAGCGUAAUCAUGAUUUGGAUCGUGAUCGGGACCGAUACGCCUAUCGCAGCAGUUCGGCGCGGGAUCGGCAGAGGAGCGGGGUCAAUUAUGCCCUCGGAUUGGGACCCGGCGGCGUUACCAUUCCCACCAGUCUGGAGGAUCAGAGGCCCAACGAGUUCGUCAAGGGGAAAAUCUGCAUUGGCACCAAAUCCCGGCUGUCAGUGCCCUCGAAUAAGGAACACCAUUACCGGAAUCUCAAGGAUCGGUACACGAACUGCACGUAUGUGGAUGGCAACCUGGAGCUGACUUGGCUGCCCAAUGAGAAUCUGGACCUGUCCUUCCUGGAAAACAUUCGGGAGGUCACCGGCUAUAUACUGAUCAGUCAUGUGGACGUCAAGAAAGUCGUGUUUCCAAAACUGCAAAUUAUUCGCGGACGCACGCUGUUCAGUUUGUUGGUGGGUGAGGAUAAGUACGCCAUGUUCGUCACCUAUUCCAAAAUGUACACGCUGGAGAUGCCCAACUUGCGCGACGUCCUGAAUGGCCAUGUGGGCUUUUACAACAACUACAACCUCUGCCACAUGCGGACGAUCGAUUGGCAGGAGAUCGUGUCCAACGGUGCGGAUGUGUUCUACAAAUACAACUUCACGGCGCCGGAACGGGAAUGCCCCAAGUGCCACAAGAGCUGCUUGAAGGGCUGUUGGGGCGAGGGUCCGAACAAUUGCCAGCAAUUCAGCAAGGUGACCUGUUCACCCCAGUGUGCCGGCGGUCGCUGCCACGGACCCCAGCCGAGGCAAUGCUGCCACUUGUUCUGCGCCGGCGGAUGCACUGGACCCACUCAGAAGGAUUGCAUCGCCUGCAAGAACUUCUUCGACGAGGGCGUCUGCAAGGAGGAGUGCCCGCCGAUGCGCAAAUACAAUCCCACCUCCUAUGAGCUGGAACCGAAUCCGGAGGGCAAGUACGCCUACGGAGCGACCUGUGUCACGGAGUGUCCCGGCCAUCUGUUGCGCGACAAUGGCGCCUGUGUGCGCAGCUGUCCCCAGGACAAGACGGCCAAGGCCGGCGAGUGUGUGCCCUGCAACGGACCCUGCCCCAAGACAUGCACCGGCGUUCCAGUCCUGCAUUCCGGCAACAUCGACUCGUUCCGCAAUUGUACGGUGAUCGAUGGCAACAUUCGCAUCCUCGAUCAGACCUUCUCGGGCUUCCAGGAUGUCUAUGCCAACUACACGAUGGGGGAACGCUAUAUACCACUCGAUCCCGAGCAACUGGAGGUCUUCUCCACGGUGAAGGAGAUCACCGGCUAUCUGAACAUCGAGGGAAUCCAUCCGCGUUUCCGUAAUCUCUCAUACUUCCGCAACCUGGAGACGAUCCACGGCCGUCAGCUGAUGGAGAGCAUGUUUGGCGCCUUGGCGAUCGUCAAGUCAUCGCUGUACAGUCUGGAGAUGCGCAGUCUCAAGCAGAUCAGCGCCGGCAGUGUGGUCAUCCAGCACAACCGGGAUCUCUGCUACGUGGGCAACAUUCGGUGGGCGGCCAUCCAGGUGGACCCGGAGCAGAAGGUGUGGGUCAACGAGAAUCUCAGAGCGGACCUGUGCGAGAGAAAUGGAACCAUUUGUUCGGAUGAGUGCAGCGAGGAUGGAUGUUGGGGAGCUGGCGCAGAUCAGUGUCUCACUUGCACGAACUUUUACUAUAAUGGCACCUGCAUAGCCGACUGUCGUAAUAUCUCCAAUGCCUACCAGUUCGACAACAGUACGUGCAUGGUGUGCCAUCCAGAGUGCCGAUCCUGCACAGGACCCGGAGCGGAUCAUUGCGAGGAGUGUGUCCAUGUGAGGGACGAGCAGCACUGCGUGUCCGAGUGUCCGGAGAACAAGUACGAGGAAGGGGGAGUGUGCUGGAAGUGCCAUCCGCAUUGCGAAGGAUGCACGGGACCCAAGGACACCAUCGGUCAGGGAGCCUGCAAGACCUGCAACCUGGCCAUCAUCAACACGGACGCCACGGUGGAGCGAUGCCUGCUGAAGGACGACAAGUGCCCGGAUGGCUACUACUGGGAGUAUGUGCAUCCGCUGGAGCAGGGCUCCCUGAAGCCGCUGGCUGGGAAGGCGGUCUGCCGCAAGUGCCAUCCGCUCUGCGAACUCUGCACCAACUACGGAUUCCACGAGCAGGUCUGCGUCAAGUGCAAGGGCUUCAAGCGCAAGGAGCAGUGUGAGAACGAGUGUCCUGCCAAUCACUACACGGAUCUGGAGCGGCGGGAGUGUUUUGAGUGUGAUCCGGAAUGCAAGGGCUGCACGGGACCGGGUGCCGAUGAUUGCCUGGCCUGCAACAACUUCAAGCUGUUCGAUGCGAACGAAACUAGCCCCAGUGCGAACUCAACGAUGUUCAAUUGCACCUCCAAGUGUCCCUUGGAGUUCCGGCAUGUCAACUACCAGUUCCAGAACAUUGGACCCUACUGCGCAUCUAGCCCACCGCGCAGCAGCAAGAUGACGGCCAAUCUGGACGUCAACAUGAUCCUAAUCAUCACGUUAACUGUUCUGGUGCCCACCAUCUGCAUCCUGUGCGUGGUCACCUACAUUUGCCAGCAGAAGCAGAAGGCCAAGAACGAAACAAGAAACAUGGUCAAGAUGACCAUGGCUCUGACGGGCUGCGAGGAUUCCGAGCCACUGCGUCCCUCGAACAUUGGCGCCAAUCUGGCCAAGCUGCGCAUUGUCAAGGACGCCGAGUUGCGCAAGGGCGGAGUCCUUGGAAUGGGAGCCUUCGGCCGUGUGUACAAGGGCGUUUGGGUGCCCGAAAAUGAGAAUGUCAAGAUCCCAGUGGCCAUCAAGGAGCUGCUGAAGUCAACGGGCGCCGAGUCCAGCGAAGAGUUCCUGCGCGAGGCCUACAUCAUGGCCUCCGUGGAGCAUGUCAAUCUGCUGAAGCUCCUGGCCGUUUGCAUGUCCUCGCAAAUGAUGCUGAUCACGCAACUAAUGCCGCUGGGCUGCCUGCUGGAUUAUGUGCGAACGAACCGGGACAAGAUCGGCACCAAGGCGUUCCUCAACUGGAGCACGCAGAUCGCCAAGGGGAUGUCGUAUCUGGAGGAGAAGCGAUUGGUCCACAGGGACCUGGCCGCCCGCAAUGUCCUGGUGCAGACGCCCUCGGUGGUGAAGAUCACGGACUUCGGACUGGCCAAGUUGCUGAGCACCGACUCCGAUGAGUACAAGGCGGAUGGUGGUAAGAUGCCCAUCAAGUGGCUGGCACUGGAGUGCAUUCGCAACCGCAUCUUCACCAGCAAGUCGGAUGUGUGGGCCUUUGGAGUGACCAUUUGGGAACUGCUGACUUUUGGCCAGCGGCCGCAUGAGAACAUACCCGCCAAGGAUAUACCCGAUCUCAUCGAAGUCGGCCUGAAACUGGAGCAGCCGGCCAUUUGCUCGCUGGACAUCUACUGCACCCUGCUCUCCUGCUGGCACUUGGAUGCUGCCAUGCGACCGACCUUCAAGCAUCUGACCACGGUCUUUGCCGAGUUCGCCCAAGAUCCGGGUCGUUAUCUGGCCAUUCCUGGGGACAAGUUCACCCGCCUGCCGGCCUACACGAAUCAGGAUGAGAAGGAUCUCAUCCGGAAGCUGGCGCCCACCACCGAUGGCUCCGAAGCGAUUGCGCAGCCCGAUAACUACCUGCAACCCAAGACGGGGCCGGGUCCCAGCCACAGGACCGAUGGCACCGAUGAGGUGCCCAAGCUGAAUCGCUAUUGCAAGGAUCCCAGCAACAAGAAUUCCAGUGGCGGCGACGAUGAGACCGAUUCGAGUGCCCGCGAAGUGGGUGUGGGCAAUCUGCGUUUGGAUCUGCCCGUCGAUGAGGAUGAUUACCUGAUGCCCACUUGCCAGCCGGGACCCAACAACAACAACAACACGAACAAUCCCAACCAUAACAACAUGGCAGCGGUGGGCUUGACCGCUGGCUACAUGGAUCUCAUCGGUGUGCCCGUGAGUGUGGACAAUCCGGAGUAUCUGCUAAAUGCACAGACUCUGGGCGUGGGAGAGGCCCCGAUACCCACGCAGACCAUCGGGAUUCCGGUGAUGGAGAUUCCGGGCACCAUGGACGUGAAGAUCCCAAUGACUGGAAGUGAGCCCACCAGCUCCGAUCACGAGUAUUACAACGAUACUCAGCGGGAGCUGCAGCCACUGCAUCAGAAUCGCAACAAUGAGACGAGGGUGUAGACUCCAUGGAAAGAGGAGUAAUUGCCAACGGAGAAUCUUGCCAAGUGCCUUUGGAAGCCAUGCGGACAUGCCGUCGCCGGCUGUUAUCUUAGAUAGGAGACCGUGCGCCUGUACAAAGCCUAGACCGACCCAUAGAUUUGUAUAUUACUACCGAUAUUACUCUCUAGUGUACUUAGCCAGUCCCCCCUCCCCCCGUAUCUUUGUGUAUACUUCUCUAUCCUAGCCUCUAAAUGAGUGUAGUCAGCAGGAUUCCGAUCCUGCGCUUGUAGAUUCCAUGUAAUUACGAGAACAAAACACCGAUAGUGCAUUUCUUAGACGCGUCCAAGAGAUCCUCCCAUCGGGAUAGGCUCCUCCGGAGCGCGCACACUAAGCUAAACCGAUGUCCAGUUCACUCGGGCAUCAAUUAAUUCAUGUACUUGUAGUAGUAGUAGUUGUAGUCUCUUUUAGCGCCUAGUUUCCAACUGUGAUAUAGUUUGUAGGACUCGACUUAAGGACUUUUAACACAAUGAACAAAUCGAACGACUCGACACAAUUAAGCAAAUGAAAAUAGUAGAAAAACUAAUCAAUGAGUAGCCACAUACCGAUCUUAAUUUCAAUUUUAGGCCUAGUUUCAAAUCCCAUUCGAUAUAACAAGUUUGACUAUCAAAUCCCGAGCGUGCCAUGCAUCAAUCGAUGCAAAUCUCCUAAAGAUUUCGAAUAUUUUGUUGGCACACUAGAGUGUAAGCGAAUGCCUGGCCGUUACUGUUACUGAUCAAAGAUAUAUAAGUAAUCCACACAAACAUAUACUUAUAAUAUACAAUAUAUGUACCAUUUAUACACGUGUAGAUUUGCCAAGUGCAGUUAUGCAUACCGAAUAAGUUAAUUUUAUUUAAACUAGCCUAUUUACAUAUAUGUGAAUAUAUAUACACAAAUAAAACUACUUUCAAUAAAUUAAAAA